AACCUGCCUGCACUUCUGCUCUCUUUCUUCCUGCAGCAGCUGCUUCAACACAGGACUCACGAUGAACAACUCUUCAUUUGGAUCAGCUGCUCCAGCUAAACCCACCAGCAUCUCUUCAUUUGGAUCAGCUGCUCCAGCUCAACCAACCAGCAUCUCUUCAUUUGGAAUCGCUGCUCCAGCUAAACCCUGCAGCAGCUCUUCAUUUGGAAUCGCUGCUCCAGCUAAACCCACCAGCAUCUCUCCAUUUGGAUCAGCUGCUCCAGCUCAACCAACCAGCAUCUCUCCAUUUGGAAUCGCUGCUCCAGCUAAACCCACCAGCAUCUCUCCAUUUGGAUCAGCUGCUCCAGCUCAACCAACCAGCAUCUCUUCAUUUGGAAUAGCUGCUCCAGCUCAACCAACCAGCAUCUCUUCAUUUGGAAUCGCUGCUCCAGCUAAACCCACCAGCAGCUCUUCAUUUGGAAUCGCUGCUCCAGCUCAACCAACCAGCAUCUCUUCAUUUGGAAUCGCUGCUCCAGCUAAACCCACCAGCAGCUCUUCAUUUGGAAUCGCUGCUCCAGCUAAACCCACCAGCAUCUCUCCAUUUGGAUCAGCUGCUCCAGCUCAACCAACCAGCAUCUCUUCAUUUGGAAUCGCUGCUCCAGCUAAACCCACCAGCAUCUCUCCAUUUGGAAUCGCUGCUCCAGCUAAACCCACCAGCAUCUCUCCAUUUGGAAUCGCUGCUCCAGCUAAACCCACCAGCAUCUCUUCAUUUGGAAUCGCUGCUCCAGCUAAACCCACCAGCAUCUCUUCAUUUGGAUCAGCUGCUCCAGCUAAACCCACCAGCAUCUCUUCAUUUGGAAUCGCUGCUCCAGCUAAACCCACCAGCAUCUCUUCAUUUGGAUCAGCUGCUCCAGCUCAACCCACCAGCAUCUCUUCAUUUGGAAUCGCUGCUCCAGCUAAACCCACCAGCAUCUCUUCAUUUGGAUCAGCUGCUCCAGCUCAACCAACCAGCAUCUCUUCAUUUGGAAUCGCUGCUCCAGCUAAACCCACCAGCAUCUCUCCAUUUGUAAUCGCUGCUCCAGCUAAACCCACCAGCAUCUCUUCAUUUGGAAUCGCUGCUCCAGCUAAACCCACCAGCAUCUCUUCAUUUGGAUCAGCUGCUCCAGCUCAACCAACCAGCAUCUCUUCAUAUGGAAUCGCUGCUCCAGCUAAACCCACUAGCAUCUCUUCAUUUGGAAUCGCUGCUCCAGCUAAACCAACCAGCAUCUCUUCAUUUGGAUCAGCUACUCCAGCUCAACCCACCAGCAUCUCUCCAUUUGGAUCAGCUGCUCUAGCUCACCCCACUAGCUUCUCUUCAUUUAGAUCAUCUACUGCAGCUAAACCCACGGGCGGCUUUUCAUUUGGAUCACCUACUCUAGAUCGACCCACCAGCGGCUUUUCAUUUGGAGCAGCCACUCCAGCUCAACCCACCAACAGCUCACCAGCGACGGCCUUGGAAGCUCUGAGUAAAUGUACAGCUCCAACGAGCCUAACGUGCAAAAUAAAAGCACCGACUUUUACAUUUUCAGCAGUGAACCAGAACGGUCAACUGAAAGGCACAGAUUCAAAAGAAGUCACUCAACCUGAACUUGUUCAAUUCAAAAUGCCGAAUUUCACUGGCCCCAAAGCAGCAGUUAUACCCCCUUCGUGGAGGAAUGUGCAGUGGACAGAAGAGCGAAGGACCAGCCUGAUGGAGGCCGUGGGCUCCUACACACCGGGCAGUGAGGAGGUGACUCAGGCCAGGGUUCUCCUCCUGGGCCCCGUCGGGUCCGGAAAGUCCAGCUUCAUCAGUUCAGUCCAUUCGGUGUUUAACGGACGAGUCACCAACCGGGCCAUGGUGGGCGCCUCCUCCACCAGCUUCACCAAAAAGUUGCAGUCGUUCACCAUCUGUGGUCAGAAGAAUAAGGUUUCGACCAAACUGGUGCUGUGUGAUUCUAUGGGUCUGGGGGAAGGAGAGAUGACCGGACUGACCCUCCACGACAUCCUGUCCGUCAUUAAAGGUCACGUACCUGAGGGACACAAGUUCUGCCCGGACCAGGCAGUGAGAUCAGAGACUGGAAACUACGUGAAGUGGCCGGGCCUAAAAGACAAGAUCCACUGUGUGGCCUUUGUGCUGGACGCCUCUAAAAUUGAAACGUACCCCAAUGGCCUCAGAGCCUCGUUCCAACAGCUCAGGGAGCACAUCAGUGACAUGGGUAUCCACCAGGUGGCUCUGCUGACCCAUGUGGAUGAAAUCUGUCCAAAAACAGCCAAAGACGUCUCCAUGGUUUACAGGAGCGAAGCAAUAAAAAAGACGAUGAGUAAAGCUGCAGAUCUGAUGGGGAUGUCCACCUCCUCCAUCGUCCCCGUGAAGAACUACUCCUCAGAGCUGGACCUGAACGUGAACACCGACGUGCUGCUUCUCAGCGCCGUCGAGCACAUCCUGCAGUACGUCGAUCUGUAUUUCCAGGACAACACACCGGAGGAAACCAAGUCAGAGAAGCCUGAGUACUAAAUGUGAUGGGGUUUGAGCAACCUUAUAAGAAAGUUGCUUAUGUUUUUCUAACCUUUUUUACCAAAUUUUAACUGAAAAAUGUCUUAAUGUCAGAAUCAGAAGUGUGUAAUCAUUUAUUUUCACCUGCAAAUACAGUGUUCUCCACUGUCAUAUUAGUCGUUUUAAAAAACUUGCUUCACUCACCAAUUUUUUUUGUGUACUUUUUCUUAAUAAAUUUAAUUUGUAAGCGGUGCAAACUUGUCAUGUAGAGACUAUGAUUUCUUCAAUGUAAUUCUAAAUAAAUUCAAUACAAUUAAUCCUGA